CUGUCAUUUUCACCUGAGAGGGCAAUAGAACACACAGCACAAGGAGUGGAGGAGAGCAGGAAAGGAGAGCAGGAAGAACUUUGUCUGUGGGGUUGCUCCUCUCAUUGCCUUCAGUUGACCUCAAGGCUUUGUGGAGCUGGACUAUGGGACACGGUUAGCUACAGUAUAUGGCCACUGGCUGAAGCUCUAAGGACUUUAUGGGUGUUUGAGGCUCAGGCCUACUGUAGAUGUCUGGGUACUGAGCCCCUGAGUCAUUGUCUAUGAAUACACUGGCUGUCUGUACUGUAGUGAGUGGGUUCAAGCCAGCUAACCUCAAGGAGGAAGAUGUGGGAGAUGUGCACAGACACAAACAUAUGUCCUACAGAACAUGAAUGAAAAAGAACACUCUUUGAUGCUUCUGAGUGUGAAGUAACACACAGGUUACACUACAGAGAGUUCUGGACUUACUCUCCCUUUCUCUCCCUUUCUCUCUCUCUCUCUCUCUCUCUCUCUCUCACACACACACACACGCACACACCCUAACACACACCCCCUGAGACAUGGAUACUAUGGUGAAGCAGUCUCUGGUGGUGCCCAUGAAGAAGCUGUCCAGCUGUGUGACAGGAGUGAAGGAGAGAGAGGUGUGGGCCAGGCGCAGGGCCAAGAGUGGGACAGGAGGAGUAAAGAGCAGCCCUCCACGGACUGGACAGACCUCCGUCACACGCUCCUACCAAACUGACCUGGAGAAGGAGAGUUGUGUUGAUUCCAGGAUGCUGAGGGAAGCCCUGAAUGCUCAGAAGCAUGCAGAGAGAGCCGCCAUGAGGGAUCACUUCAGGAAGAAGUACCAGCUCUCCAAGAGUUCCAAGGACACCAGCCACCUGAGUGCGGCGCAAGGGAAAGUGGCACUCCCCCGUCAACUGGCUAAACUGAUUGGUCCUGACACCCCGGCCAAGGACGAUGGCUACAGCCUGCUGAGCGCCUUCCAAGGCCUCAACUUCAACAUGGGGAUGCUUGGAGGCAAGCAGACCAAGUCGUCCACUCCAAUGUCAGUCAACGGAGAGGCCUGCAAAGUCAUGUGAUCAAAGAGAACAUACUAGAAACUACACAGAAUCAACCUGCAACAUGCUAAAAACAUGCAUUAUGCCCAAAUGAUGAAGAAUAACAUUUUAACACAAAGUAGUAGCAGAUUAUAAUAAUAAUAAAUGCCAUUUAGCAGACACUUUUAUCCAAAGCGACUUACAGUCAUGUGUGCAUACAUUCUAUGUAUGGGUGGUCCCGGGGAUCGAACCCACUACCCUGGCGUUACAAGCGCCAUGCUCUACCAACUAAGCUACGGAAGGACCACAGAUUGGAGGGAACACAUUGGCAGACAACUUUGUCACAACUUUGUCACAGUUGCUCCUCUAUCCCUUUAUCUCCUUAUCUGUCUUUAACUCUCUCUCAAUUCAAUUCAAUUCAAGGGCUUUAUUGGCAUGGGAAACGUGUUAACAUUGCCAAAGCAAGUGAGGUAGAUAAUAUAUAAAGUGAAUAUAUAAAGUGAAAUAAACAAUCAAAAUUAACAGUAAACAUUACACAUACAGACGUUUCAAAACAAUAAAGACAUUACAAAUGUCAUAUAUAUAUACAGUGUUUUAACAGUGUACAAAUACAUUAGCAUAAAACAAAUUAGAAUAAAUAUGGGUUGUAUUUACAAUGGUGUCUGUUCUUCACUGGUUGCCCUUUUCUCGUGGCAACAGGUCACAAAUCUUGCUGCUGUGAUGGCACACUGUGGAAUUUCACCCAGUAGAUAU